AUGGCAUCACCACGCCAUGUCCUGAUCACAGGCGGAAGCCGAGGCAUUGGCCUUUCAAUCGCCCAACUCUUCGCAAAAAACAACUUCCGCUGCACGCUGCUAUCUCGCUCAGAAUCUGCUCUGAAAGCCGCCGUGGCCACACUACAGCCUCUUCGCCCACUUACACAGUCAUCACCACAGCCUUCAACCGCUUCCUUCCCACAUCAUACACAUGCCUACAUCGCCUCCUCCCUAACCUCGCCUACACUGUUCUCCGCCAGCACAGACUCCGCCUCAGAUUCCAUAACCUCGCACCUUCCUAUCCCUCGCCUCUCUCCUGCAAACGACGCCUCACGCAUAGACAUUCUUGUUAAUUGCGCGGGGAUAACACAAGCCUCACUUUUCCAAACCAUGUCCCAUGCUGGCAUUUCGGAAAUUGUGGACACAAAUCUAACAAGUCUGAUGGUCGGGACCAAGUUCUUCCUGCGGCAGGGGUAUUUUCGGAAAGCUAAGGCGAAGAAGGAGAGAGAUGACGAUGAGAGAGUGGGAGGUCCGGUGAUAAUAAAUGUAGCUAGUCUUCUUGGGUUGCAAGGCGGCUACGGUGCUGUUGCAUAUGCGGCCAGCAAGGCAGGAGUAUUGGGAUUCACUCGUGCAUUAGCAGCCGAGUAUGUAAGCCACGGUGUGAGAGUAAAUGCUAUUGUGCCGGGGUAUGUUGAGACGGAUAUGACAAAAGAUCUCCCCGCCACCCAGCUCAAUCAAAGAAUCCCCCUCGGCCGUCUGGGCAAACCCUCGGAAAUCGCUCAGGCAGCAUUCUUCCUCGCAGAAAACCAGUACGCACACAACUGCGUGAUAAACCUGGAUGGGGGGCUUUCUGCUGUUUGA